UUAGAUCUACCAAUUGGGCUAUGCCAAUCAAUUGUCUUUUACAAACAAGGAAAUAAAACUAAUAAUAGACACUUUCUCUCUCUACAUUCUCUUCUCCGAUCCGGAGAGAGAGAGAAAGCGAGUACAAAUUUACGAACUUACUCUGAUUCAUUCACUCUGAUCUGCAAUUGAAAUCACACACACAAACACGCACACACAAAACUGUAAUUUAUUGUAAAUUAUUCAAAUGCAUUGGCCUCCGAGGAGGCACGAAACAAGUAAUUCAACUGAAUCUGAGUCGUUGUCGUCACUUUGGUGUGGUUGUGUCGGUGGAUCACAUGUUGAGAAUUGCUGGGGUGGGGGAAGAAGAGGAUUGGGGAUUUCAUGUUUCUAGGGUUUUGAGAAGAGGGGGCUGCAGAGGCGACGAUGCAGCUACACUUCUCACCGAGCAUGGGGAGUAUUACGAUAUCGAGCAACAAUGGGUUUGUUGACUUGAUGAAGAUCAAGGUCGCAGCUCGCCACAUCUCGUACCGUACACUCUUUCACACCAUUCUAAUCCUCGCGUUCUUGCUGCCAUUUGUCUUCAUCUUCACUGCUGUUGUUACGCUUGAAGGGGUCAACAAGUGCUCCUCAUUCGAUUGUUUUGGCAGGCGGUGGGGACCAAGGAUUCUUCUUGGAAGAAUUGAUAAAUCAGAGCAGAGUCUGGUUAGUGAGUUUUACAAGAUCCUCUAUGAAGUAAACACCGAGAAUACCCCAAAUAGCCUGAAUCUUCCAGAAUCAUUUGGUAAACUUGUUUCUGAAAUGGAAAAGAAAAAGUAUAAAGCAAAGGAAAUUGCUUUUAUCUUAAAAGGAAUGAUGGAGAGAUCUGACAGGGAGAUCCGAGAACUAAAAUUCGCCGAACUGAUGAACAAACACUUUGCAGCAAGUGCCAUUCCCAAAGGCCUCCAUUGUCUCUCUCUGCGUUUGACUGAUGAGUACUCAUCUAAUGCUCAUGCACGCAGGCAGUUGCCUUCACCAGAAUUACUCCCUUUGCUUUCUGAUAACUCUUACCACCACUUUGUCUUGUCAACUGACAACAUUCUGGCUGCCUCAGUUGUGGUCUCUUCUGCUGUUCAGUCAUCUCUAAAGCCUGAGAAGGUAGUUUUCCAUGUCAUCACUGACAAGAAAACUUAUGCAGGCAUGCACUCAUGGUUUGCUUUAAAUCCCAUCUCUCCUGCUAUUAUUGAGGUAAAAGGUGUUCAUCAGUUUGACUUCUUAACAAGAGAGAAUGUUCCAGUGCUUGAAGCUGUAGAAAACCAUAAUGGGAUCAGGAACUACUACCAUGGCAAUCAUGUUGCUGGGGCCAAUCUCAGUGAUAUCACUCCACGAAAAUUUGCUUCAAAAUUGCAGGCUAGAAGCCCAAAGUACAUUUCCUUGCUCAACCAUCUUCGCAUAUAUUUACCAGAGCUUUUCCCAAACCUGGACAAGGUGGUUCUCUUAGAUGAUGAUGUUGUAAUUCAGCGUGAUCUAUCUCCACUCUGGGAAAUUGACCUUGGUGGAAAUGUCAAUGGAGCUGUAGAAACCUGUAAAGGUGAAGAUCCGAGGGUAAUGUCUAAGCGGUUCAGUACCUACUUCAAUUUUUCACAUCCCCUCAUAGCAAAUAAUUUGAACCCUGACGAAUGUGCAUGGGGUUAUGGGAUGAACAUCUUUGAUUUACUUGCAUGGAGGAAGACAAGCAUAAGAGACACUUAUCUUACCUGGGUGAAGGAGAAUUUGAAUUCAAACCUGACAUUGUGGAAGCUUGGAACUCUACCACCAGCUUUGAUUGCGUUUAAGGGUCAUGUGCACCCAAUUAACCAAUCUUGGCACAUGCUUGGCUUAGGCUAUCAGAAUGAGACAAACGUCGAGAGAGUGAAAAGGGCUGCUGUCAUUCACUACAAUGGCCAGUCAAAACCAUGGUUAGAAAUUGGCUUCGAGCAUCUCAGACCAUUUUGGACCAAGUAUGUUAACUACUCUAAUGAUUUUAUUAAGAAUUGCCACAUCUUAUAGUUGUUAUUGAACAACUGAAGAGGGUUAGAGAAGAAAGAGAGGUUGGAAGACUAAGGGCGCAUGGGGUUUUCAGAAAAUCCUUUUGCAGCUAGAAAAUUUUGUGAAUAUACAUCCAUUUGUGAAGGAAACAGAAGAUAGGCCAAAAGACUAUAUACAUUCAAGGUCCGGAUCUCUUGUUGGCCCCCCACUUUGAAGAAGAGGACCUGCAUACUGAGCACAGGCAUACGAGUCGUUCUUUUGUUCUGUAACAUAGCAAUCUAUUUGUUUUUUUGGUCGGAAAAAUGAUACCUUUUUCAAUCUUCCAGAGGAAAGGGGUUGAUCUUUCCUAAUACUUGGUGCUUACAACAAACUUGUGGGUAAUGCUCUUGACCAAACAAGCCAUCAGUCAUACAAAUUCUUGAAUUGAAGAAGAAAGCUAGGACUGGGAUCUGUAUGGCUCCAGCAUUAAAAGCCCAUUAGCCCCUGAACACUCUCAUAUCUAUAUAUAUAUAUAAUUUUAUUUUAUUUUAUUUUUUUCAAUUCAUUUCUCUUUGGUUCUUAUUCCCAAUUCUUGUACCCCUUCUGGAUUUCAUACUAUUAUGGAGAUUGCUCUGUUACAGGACCCAUCGAGUUGGUCAAUUAUUUUUAGGUUAUAUGUCGGCAAUUGUAAUGUAUCAUACAUGAGAAACAUUUAAAAUGUGCAGAUUUUUCUCUCUGCUGCUGCUUCGUUUUUGAAAAAAGAAAAAGAAAAAAGGGGGAUCUUCCCAGUCAUGGAAGUGUUACUAUUUUUCAUUUCAUUUGAUAUGCGUGUAUAGUCUGUAUGAUCAUCAUUCCCUGUAUUCUUUAUAUUGUGAUCACAGUUUAGAUAAUUAAAAAAAGUUCUGAGA